CAGGAUCCACCUGCACUCAUCCUUCAUCAAACUGAGAAGAGAGCACGGAGGAAACCGCAGGAGCCUCGCUUCCGGCGUGCCAGCGGCACGGGUGCGCAAGAGGAUGUGAGUCUCCGCUUGCAUGGGCGAUGGAUGGAACUGUCGACCCAGGCUGGAGGCGAUGUUGCGGUGAAAGACAAGGGUAGCAUGAUGCAUUUGCACAAGCUGCGGCAGACCUUUUCUUCUACCAGGGAUGAUCUUGACAAAAUAUUGCAUCGCAAAUUUCGGGUGCUACAUCCACAAGGUUUCUUCAAGCUUUGUUGGGACAUCCUGGCUUUGGGUUUGCUUCUCAAUGAUGCGAUACUGCUGCCGCCGACGCUUGCAUGGGAUGUCCCGAUGGCGAUGACAUCUGCCGCAGGCAUGUACGUGAGAUUGAGCUUCUUUGUCAGCCUGGUGUUCUGGACCAUCGACCUUCCAAUAAAUUUGAACACGGCGGUUUAUGUGAAAGGCACGUUGGCCAUGGGUCGAUACGAAAUCCUGAAGUACUAUUUUCAAAGCUGGAUGAUCUUUGAUAUCCUCAUCAUCGCGUUUGACUAUUUGUUUAUCAUCUUCAACUUGGGGCAGACUGACCUUCAUAUUCUCCGAUUUGCUCGCAUCCUCCGGGUCCUGCGGCUGAUCCGCAUCAUCAAACUCUCCAAGUUGAAUACCAUGAUUGAAGAAAGUGCAGCAGCUGCUGGACGGCAAUGGGUCACCUUGGUGGUGGCCAUUACAAAGACGGGUGUUGGUAUGAUUAUGGUUGCCCACUUCUUGACCUGCUUUUGGUAUUUCACUGGCGAGUGGAUCGUGGGCUAUGAUAGUGGGGUGUUGAAUUGGAUCGAGUUUGCCAAUGCCAGGGCAGAGAAUGGCGUUGACCCGAUCGUCCAGUACUUGCAUGCUCUUCGUUGGAUCUUGAAUGCCCCAUCUCCACCGGACCUUGAUCCAGCCAGCGGCAUUGAAAGGGGGGUGGAUAUUUUCAUUAGCAUCACCACACUUGUGGUCAUUGGUUCUGCCAUCAGUAAGAUCUCAGGCACCAUGGCAGAGCUUCGCGCCAUGAAUGAAGAGUCUGCGCGUCGAAGACGGGAGGUGAGGCUCUACUUGGCCAGUCAGUCUGUGUCUUACGAGCUGGUAACCCGCAUCAUGCGCUUUGUGGACUACAAGCUUGAGAAGGUCUCGGCCAACAACAUGGACUCCUCGCUCAUCUCUCCUACCCUGCAGCUGGAGCUCUACGUGAACCAGCGGGCAGAAUAUUUGGUGAAGAUCCCAAUCUUCGCACUCGCUCAGGAGGUUUACCCAGAAAUGUUUGGCUCCAUUUGCGCAGCCUUCACCAAAAACUUCUUCGAAAAAGGUGAAGCUGUCUUUACAGCGGGCUCCUAUUCCACGGCCUUGCACAUCACCUUCGUCGGCAGCUUUGAGAAUACGAAGGAUCACAGUCCUCCUCAACCCUUGGAAGGUGUCAACUGGUUCGGCGAGUUGAG